UGGAGGGUGCAGUAGGACUUUGGAACCCCUGCCUAGGGAUGGAGGGCCUAGGUUAUGAACUGCUGUGGCUCGGGUCUCUCUUCCAGAGCCCCUUCCAAGGUCGCCACCUCCCCAUGAGGUCCAGACCUCUCCUUCCUCCCCAAGGUUUCCAGCUGGUGUACAUCAGCCAUCCUACUGGUGAGGAGAACUGGAGAGGAGGCUUGUCCAAGUUACAGGGCAAACUCCUUCCAGAACUGGCGCAAGCUGGACCAAAGGCUGCUGAGACGAGGCCAGGAUCCCCUGUGGUUUUAGUCAUGAGUUAUUCCUGGUCACUGAGAAAAGUUAGGAACAAGGUGCAGGGUCACUGCGGCUGGCAUCUGCCCACUGGGUGACUGGCCCAUUUGCCCACAAACCUACAUGUAUUCAUGGCGGACACUGACAGUACCCCCGUGUGCGCAUGCACGCACAUGCGCGCGCGUGCACAUGCACGCGCGCACACCCCCCCCCACACACACACACACCCUCUGGGUCCACAGUGGCUGCUGGGCGCUGGCACUCACUGCACCCCUUCCCCUAGGUCCCCGGAGGAGAGGAGCCCUAGUGAGGAAUCCUUGAAGUCAAGUCUCCAUUCACCCUUCACAGGCCUUUGCAGGAAGGAGGCAAGACUUGGGGUGACCUUCCUACCUCGCUGGCUUUAUAAACCUCAAAGGGCUCAGUGGGCGGCCUGGGGCUGUUUCUCCUUGCAGGUCUCCAUUGACUCCUCUACAGCACCCACCACUGCCUUUUGUCCCCCUCUUCCCCAGCAAAGGUAGAGGCAAUGGGCGCUGGCGGCCCGCGACGGGGUGCAGGUCCCCCAGAUGGUGGCUGGGGCUGGGUGGUACUCGGCGCCUGCUUCGUGAUCACUGGCUUCGCCUAUGGCUUCCCCAAGGCCGUGAGCGUCUUCUUCCGAGAGCUCAAGCAGGACUUCGGUGCAGGUUACAGCGACACAGCGUGGGUGUCCUCCAUCAUGCUCGCCAUGCUCUACGGCACGGGCCCCUUGUCCAGCAUCCUCGUGACGCGCUUUGGCUGUCGCCGGGUGAUGCUGGCUGGUGGGCUCCUGGCGUCCGCGGGCAUGAUCCUGGCUUCCUUUGCCUCACGCCUCCUGGAGCUGUACCUGACAGCUGGGGUGCUCACAGGCCUGGGCCUGGCCCUCAACUUCCAGCCGUCGCUCAUCAUGCUGGGGCUCUACUUCGAGCGGCGCCGGCCCCUGGCCAACGGGCUGGCAGCGGCGGGCAGCCCGGUGUUUCUGUCCACGCUGUCGCCGCUCGGCCAGCUGCUGGGGGAGCGUUUCGGCUGGCGCGGCGGCUUCCUGCUGUUCGGUGGCCUCCUGCUGCACUGCUGUGCCUGCGGGGCGGUCAUGCGGCCGCCCCCGGGGCCGCCGCCCCCACCGCGCCCAGACCCCGCCGAGGACCACCGUGCGCCCUCCGGUGGCCGGGCUCGCCGCCGCCUGCUGGACGUGGCGGUGUGCACCGACCGCGCCUUCGUGGUGUACGUGGUCACCAAGUUCCUGAUGGCGCUUGGGCUCUUCGUGCCCGCCAUCCUGCUGGUGAACUACGCCAAGGACGCGGGCGUGCCCGACGCCGAGGCCGCCUUCUUGUUGUCCAUCGUGGGUUUCGUGGACAUCGUGGCGCGGCCGGCGUGCGGUGCCCUGGCGGGUCUGGCGCGCCUGCGACCCCACGUCCCCUACCUCUUCAGCCUGGCCUUGCUGGCCAACGGGCUCACGGACCUGAUCAGCGCGCGUGCGCGCACUUAUGGCACCCUCGUGGCUUUCUGCAUCGCCUUCGGCCUCUCCUACGGCAUGGUGGGCGCGCUGCAGUUUGAGGUGCUCAUGGCGACCGUGGGUGCGCCCCGCUUCCCCAGUGCGCUGGGCCUGGUCCUGCUCGUGGAGGCCGUGGCUGUGCUCAUUGGACCGCCCUCUGCCGGCCGCCUGGUGGAUGCCCUGAAGAACUAUGAGAUCAUCUUCUACCUUGCUGGCUCUGAGGUGGCCUUGGCCGGAGUCUUCAUGGCAGUGGUCACCUACUGCUGCCUGCGCGGUAAGGACGCCCCAUCAGGCCCAGCUGCUGCAGGAGGAACCAGUGACACCGAGGAUGUGGAGGCUGAGAGGGACUCGGAGCCAAUGCCUGCCAGCACCGAGGAGCCUGGCAGCCUUGAGACUCUGGAGGUGCUGAGACCCCGGGCUGGGUCCCCAGGACCAGAACCAGAGGUGGAGGCAGUGCCUGGGCUGGGUCAUGAGUCUGUGUAGACAUCAGGCAGGUGGCCAGCAGGCAUGAAAACAUGGCUUUCCCUUUGAGGGCCUGGUACAUGGGGAGGCAGCCUGGGGUGACCCCUUGGGUACCCCAUCGGCCAGGCCGUUCCCAGUGAAGCUGUUGUGAACUGAUGAGCACAAGCUGAUA